AUGACCCAGUAUCCUGUCACAAUCAGUGGCAUCAACUUGCUCUCCGCUUCUGCCGAGGAGGUAGCGGCAGCGCUAGAGGCAGGCAAUGUAACAACCUUGCAGUUGGUUGACGCGUACAUUGCGCGUAUCGAAGCAAACGACCAUCAAGGACUAAAUCUCCGUUCCAUGAUCGAGAUCGCCCCAAGUGCACGAGAAGUUGCAGCUCGACUUGAUGCCGAACGCGCGAAUGGGACGAUCAGAAGCAUUCUGCACGGUGUUCCAAUUGUUGUGAAGGACAAUUUCAAUACUGCCAAAGAGCUUGGUAUGAACACAACCGCUGGCUCAUAUGCAUUGCUGGGCACCGAAGUCCGACGAGAUGCUUUCGUGAUUAGUAGGCUUCGGGAUGCUGGUGUACUCAUGCUGGGCAAGGCCAAUUUGCAAGAGUGGGCCGGCGAGAUGGGCCGUUACAACUCUUCUGCGUGGAGCGCCAGAGGUGGCCAGUGCCAGUCGGCAUACGUGAUUGGCGGCUUCAAUGCUGGCGGCGACCCUAGUGGCAGCUCCUCUGGUUCGGCGGUCGCCGUAUCGGCAGGCUUUGCAGCAGCAGCUCUUGGUACCGAUACUGAAGCAAGUAUCGUCAGCCCGUCAAACCGAGCAGCCUUGUACGGUCUUCGUCCCUCCACUGGUAUCACUAGUCGGGUUGGAGUCGUCCCCAUUUCCUCGUCGCAAGAUACGACAGGACCGAUGGCGAAGUCGGUCUGGGAUAUCGCUGCCUUGUUCGAGAUCAUGGCUGUACACGACGACGAGGAUGCUUACUCUGCAGCAGCAAACCCUUUUCGACAUAAAAACUACACCCAGUUUUUAAACCCAGAUGGUUUCCAGGGUCUGCGAAUCGGUAUACCAAGAGAACCGUUCUGGAACCAGACAUACCAAGGCUACAGAUCUACCAUCAAUGCCGGCCUCGAGGCAACUUUCGAAAAGAUGCGUAGUCUCGGUGCAACCAUCAUCGACCCUAUCGAAUUCCCAAACGCAAAAGACUGGAAGUACAGCUUCGUCGGCCAAGCUACACGGACAAACAACGGAACUGUUGUUGUUCAGUACGAUGUUAAAGAGGACAUGGAAAUUUACCUGACCACUGAAUUAGCUAAUUCUUCGCAUAUUCGAACGCUAUAUGACAUCAUCAGCUUCAACGAACGCAAUGUGGACCUUGAGUUCCCGCCCGGAAAGUGCUGUCAAGACACUUUCCUUGCAGCUGACCAGCUGGGUCCACGCAACACCUCUGGCGACUACUGGUAUGCGAAGUGGUUGCAGCAGCGGCUCAACGAAGAAGGCAUCGAGUAUGCCUUUCGGGAGUACACCAUUGACUUGCUGCUUGUUCCAACCGAAGGCUCAUCAGCUCGACUGGGCGCCAUCGGUCGUUGUCCUGUGGGCAAUGUCCCUGUUGGUUAUGAUGAGAUAAACUUACCUUACGGUAUGUCUUUUGUUGGUAGGCGGUAUGAUGAACCAAUGGUUAUUAGGGCAAUGUCAGCCUACGAAGCAAAUUUUCCUGCAAGGCGGGUUCCGCCUACGCUCGACUAA